AUGUCGCAGGUGCUGCUGGCCGAGCUGAAGGGCACCAAGCGCCACUACGCGGUCAAAUGCCUCAAGAAGGACGUGGUGCUGGAGGACGACGACGUCGAGUGCACGCUCAUCGAGCGGAGGGUGCUCGCCAUGGGCACGCAGCACCCGUUCCUCUGCAACCUAUUCUGCACCUUCCAGUCGCAGAGCCACCUCUUCUUUGUAAUGGAGUUCCUGAACGGAGGCGAUUUGAUGUUUCAUAUACAACAGUCCGGAAGGUUCGACCAAGAUCGAGCAAGGUUCUAUGCCGCCGAAAUUGUCUGCGCCCUAAAAUUUCUCCAUAAAAGGGGCAUCGUGUACAGAGACCUGAAGCUCGACAACCUCUGCAUUGAUUCGGACGGUCACGUGCGCAUUAUCGACUUCGGCAUGUGCAAGCUCAAGGUGUACCGGCAGCAGCCACGGGCCUUUUGCGGCACACCCGAGUACAUGGCGCCGGAAGUAGGUUGCCCGGAAGUGCAAACACGCUCGCCGAAAUCACACUAA